AUGGCCGCGGCUUUGGAGUGCUGGUCGAGCCGGGCAAGCACCGACGAGGACAUGGUGGAGCAGGUCCUGAUGCGAACCAACGACAGAUCCGAGUGCCCGCCGGAAAACAACCCUUCCUCCUCCUCCUCAUCAGCAUCUUCCGCAUCGGCCGCCGCCGCCGCCGCCCUCCGGGAGUCCUCCGCCUUCCAGAAGCGCUUCCAGAGGCUGAGCCGCAACGUAUCGGAGGCCAUUGCCUCGUUUAAGAACACUCUGAACCUCGAUUCGCCUCGCGAGCCGCCGGUUUCUGGCCCCUCCGGCUGCCGGAGGCACGUGUGGGGAAGUGUGGUGCGGAGCUUGACACAGCUGUAUCCCGGCAGCCAGCUGCCGGAGAAGUUGGUCUCCAAUAUCCGCAGGCACUACGAUUCUUUGCCCCUCAGCUAUGCACAAGCUGGAUUUGAAAUGAAAGAUGUAUUUCUGCACAUGAAAUUGAUAGAACAAGCAUCGGCCAGUGACCAGCCAGCGAUUAUGAUCCGGGAUAUGUCGGAUGAAGAAGGAAAUGCAAAUGCAAAUGCAAAUGUGUUUAAGCUUACAUUUGCUUGUAACUCUGCUAUUUCAUGGCCAUCCAUGUCUGGGACAUUAGAUAGUUCUUCAAUUUGCUGCAAGAAGUUGCAGAUCUUUGAGAAGAAAGGGUUCACUCUUGGAGUUGUUGUGCUGUCAGUUCAGGCGGGACAGGAUAAGGCGAUCAGAACCCAGAUCGAGAAUGCACUUAAAGCAGCAUUAAAAAGACCAAAAAACAAUCCCAUCAAGCUCCCCUUCGGACUCUGUGGAUGCCAAGAUCAGAGGACUAAAGGGAGAGAUCCGGUGGCCAUAGACGAAGAUUGCAAUGCCGAUAAUAAUAAUAACGUGCAUGGAGGAGAGAAUUCAGAAUCAAUGCCUCGGUUAAUCAUGCCUUUACCCGAUGACUCGAUCGUGGUCUCUGUGGACGAGUGGCAAACCGUGACCUCUGGUCGAGAUGGGAUCGGGAGAUGGUUGCUAAAUCACGAAGCUGUUGAAAUUACAGAUUCGAUUGGGGCGAGUACGUUCAAGGGGAUGUAUAAGGGCAAAAAAGUCGUGAUCGAGAAGCUUAAAGGAUGUGAUAAAGGAAAUGCUUAUGAGUUUGAGCUGAGGAAAGAUUUUUUGGAGCUGAUGACGUGCGGGCACAAGAAUAUCUUGCCUUUUCAUGGUGUUUGUGUCGAUGAGAAUCAAGGAUUGUGUAUUGUGACCAAGCUGAUGGAGGGAGGAUCGGUUUAUGAAUUGAUUCUGAAGAACAAAAAGCUUCAGAUGAGAGAUAUUCUGAGGAUCGUGAUGGAUGUUGCGGUGGGAAUCAAGUUCUUGAACGAUCAUGGAGUUGCUUAUCGGGACUUGAAUACACAGAGGAUACUGUUAGAUAAACGUUUGAAUGCUUGCUUAGGAGAUAUGGGAAUAGUUGCGGCUUGCAAUAGUGUUGGUGAGGCUAUGGAGUAUGAAACUGAUGGUUAUAGAUGGCUAGCUCCAGAGAUAAUCUCGGGCGAUCCAGAAAGUGUAACCGAGACAUGGAUGAGUAACUCGUAUAGUUUUGGGAUGGUAUUAUGGGAAAUGGUGUCGGGGGAGAUAGCUUAUUCAGCUUAUUCGCCAGUGCAAGCUGCAGUCGGGAUAGCAGCCUGUGGGCUCAGGCCCGAUAUCCCAGAAUCUUGCCCACAGAUCCUCCGGAAUCUCAUGAUAAACUGCUGGAACAAUUGCCCCUCAAAACGCCCGCAAUUUUCUGAAAUCAUUUCAAUCCUGUCGAGCCUCAGCAAACAGUAG